AAGCAGAAGAAGAAGCAAACAUCAAAGAGAGAAAGGGAGAGAUAUCAGUUUUGAAGAAGGUAUGGAUCCUAAGCUAACCGAGGUCUCACAGCUCUUCGAGCGAUUCAAAGCUGCCUUAGUACGUAACGAUUUCGAUACUUGUUCCAGAUUGCUCUCUCAACUUAAGAUCCUGCUAAUAGAAUUUAAAAGCCUCCCUCCAUUGUUUGAAGAAACGUCUAAUGCAAUUCAAGAAUUAACUCUAGCAAGGGAUAUUUACGAGCAUGCUGUUGUACUUAGUGUAAAGAUGGAAGAUCAAGAUGCAUUUGAGAGAGAUUUCUUUCAGCUGAAGCCUUACUACACAGAUGCAGGUGGUCGGCUUCCGCAAUCCCCCCAGGAGUACCCCAUCUUAGGUCUCAACCUGUUGAGACUUCUUGUACAAAACAGAAUUGCUGAGUUUCACACUGAAUUAGAGUUGCUUUCCACCAGCGCUCUUGAAAACCCUUGUAUCAAACAUGCAGUUGAGCUUGAACAAUCGUUCAUGGAAGGGGCUUACAAUCGGGUACUGAGUGCUAGACAGACGGUACCUCAUGAAACUUACGUUUAUUUCAUGGAUCUGUUGGCAAGAACAGUCAGGGAUGAGAUCGCUGGGUGCAGUGAGAAGGCAUACGACUCUCUUACUGUUAAAGAUGCGCGACAAAUGCUACUGCUUUCCUCAGACCAAGAACUUUUUGAAUACAUCAAGGAGGAGCAUCCAGAAUGGGAGGUAAAGAAUGGAUCAGUGGUAUUCCAGAAGGCCAAAGAAUCUGCACCAUGCAAGGAGAUUCCAUCUCUCCAACUCAUAAACCAGACUCUGAGUUACGCAAGGGAGUUGGAGCGCAUCGUUUGAUUUCAUUUUCACACAGAAAAAAAGGAGAACGAACGAACGAACGAACUCACUCGUCUAUCUUAUCUGCUUUCUCGACGACUGCCUGUGGUUUUGUACUUUUACCAUUUAAUUUCACUGGGAAUAUGCAUGAACAUCAAUUGCAUUUGGUGGUCAAUUGAAUAUGUGUUUGGAUUCUUUUAAUGUGUUCACGAAAGAUUUCCUCAAGUUUCAA